AUUCACUCUGCCUGGCGCGAGCGCACGCCCCAGUGCAUUAACGUGAGCACGAGCUGUCCUGUUCUGCUGCAUUAUUAUCAUCAGCUAUAGCGGCUGCAAUACACUUCCUCUCAACCCAGCGCCAAAGAACUCGGAGAUCAGGUAUUUCAACAUGAAUGAGCCAGACGGACUGCGCUACCGGAAGCUAAACAGACCCCAAAUUUUAACGGACGACUCGCAGGAACCCCAGCACAAAAGCACGAGCACAUACAGCGGGAAGGUCUUCCGGGUCACUUUGCUGUCUCUUGCUGCAUUCGUCAUUCUCCCAGUCCUGGUGGUUGCUUUUCUCCUGGAGUCCCCCAUUAAGCCAGAAGCAUUUAGUCUCAAUGAACCACCACUUAUGACUGGCUGCUUUGAACCCAACCUAAAGCUUAGACAAGCAGAAAGAAUCUUUGAGGACCUGCUCAUUGGACCUGAAUCCAUUGCUAAUAUUGGAGAUAUUCUAUACACCGGUACAGCAGAUGGAAGGAUUGUGAAAAUUGAUGGAAGGAAAAUCAACAUUGUGGCAAAACUGGGCAAUCCUCCAUGUGGGUCUCCUGAGCAGGAACAUGUUUGUGGACGGCCGCUUGGAAUCAGAGUGGGUCCGAAUGGCACCCUGUUUGUGGCUGAUGCCUACCUGGGGCUGUUCGAGGUUAAUCCUGUCACAGGUGAGACAACACUACUAGUGAGCACUAAGAAGAUGGUUGGUGGUCGACGACUCUCAUUUGUCAAUGACCUGGACGUGACACAUGACGGGAAGAAGGUGUAUUUCACUGACUCAAGCAGCAGGUGGCACCGUAGGGACUUCAUGAAACUUAUCAUGGAGGCCACUGCAGAUGGAAGAGUUCUGGAGUACGAUACUGAGACUAAAGAGGUUGCAGUCAUGAUGGAGAACUUGCGCUUCCCCAAUGGUAUUCAGCUCCUUCCUGACGAAGAGUCUGUUCUUGUUGCUGAAACUACAAUGGCAAGAAUAAGGCGGAUUCACGUGGCUGGUCUCAAUAAGGGAGGCAUGGACACUUUUGUAGAAAACCUGCCUGGCUUCCCUGACAACAUUCGCCGCAGCUCUUCUGGCGGGUACUGGGUGGCUAUGUCUGUAAUCCGGCCAAACCCUGGCUUCUCCAUGCUCGACUUCUUGUCACAAAGACCCUGGAUUAAGAAUAUAAUUUUUAAGCUCUUCAGCCAGGAAACACUAUUGAAGUUUGUGCCACGCUACAGUCUAGUGGUAGAGUUGCAGGAUGGAGGAACAUGUGUGCGGAGUUUCCAUGACCCUCACGGCACUGUGGCAGGCUACAUCAGUGAGGCCCAUGAGCACAAUGGUCACCUUUACCUGGGCUCAUUCCGUUCUCCUUACCUGUGUAAACUGGAUUUAAGCAAAGUGUAAACCAUUCCUACAGCAACAUGGGACUUUACGUCACUGGCAUUUUCUUGGGCUUAUUUAUCAGUCCUGUAACAUUUCAAGAAGCAACAAAACCCUGUGGUACCCUUACCCAUAAUUCUUUGCUAAGUCCUUUAUACUCAUUCCUACAUUUAACGCAGAUGCUGAUGUUCAGCUUUGACUGACCUUUAGGUUUUUGUUUUGCAGAGCCAUGUGACACUAUUAUAAUUCCCUAUUUUAUUUAGAACAAUAUGUGUAUAUACUGGCAUGCCUGCAAAUGCCCCUUGCUUUAUUUAAAAGGGUGACAUUUCUAUAUUUGUUAGGCUAGUGUGACAGGUGGUGCACAUUGUUUGCCCUAUGAUUUGUUUUAUUUGCACUGAACUGUCAUCUGGCCCUUAAAAUAGAGCUGCUGAUUUACUUGAAAACGUUGCAACAGAAAUAUCUGUGCAGAUGAUGACUUGUGAAAUCCAAAAUGUAACUCUGGAAUGAUGAAACAGUAUUUUUCCUAAUUCAUUGCUUUAUCUUAAAACACUGACAUUAAUUAUGUAUAUGAGCCUUCAAGUUUGUGUUGGCAAAGAUAAUUUCAGUUUGAAAAGGGAACUGGCAAUUAGCAAUAAUUUCCUGUUCAGUGCUUAUGCCAAUUUGUGAAUUGUCUAUGGUAGCAUUGGUAUCAGCUACUCUAUAGCGUGUACAAUAAAUAAAUGAAUACAUUUGA